UGACUUUGCAUUUACACAGAAAUCGAAUUUAACUGGUUUGUUGUCUGUGAUGCUAUCUUAUAGGCUAUAAGCACUAUUGACACAGAGAUUGGUCAACAACUCUCUUUGAGAAGGAAGCAUAGAGAGGGUAUGGGUUCUACAUUUUUUGAUGCAAAUUUGUAUCCACAAGGUUCAAUGGGUGGUGUUCCAGAGCCUCUUCGCCCCAAGCCUGGCCAGUUGUCACUGUCACAACAGCGUGUCUAUGAGGACUUUGUUCGGCUUCCUUGGCAAAACCAGUCUAGCCAGAGCUCACAUUCUAUGUCUGCUGGUGUCGCUGCUCAAUCUGGCAAUACUGGUCUUCCUAGCACCAAUGGUUCUGUAUCUGGUCAGGUUAACCCUGGGUACCCCGUGAGCACAGGAUAUGAAGGAGUAUCUCGACCAUUAGAAGAUAUAACAGAGUCUAAUUUGGCUCCACAUUUUAGUGCUUCCUCAAUUCACAUUAGAGCAUCUGAUAGUGUUUCACAGCAUAGUUUGGAGAAAGAGUCUGUUGCUUCAUUUCCUUCAGCAGCUUCCACCCCUGAAUUGCAUGCAGUGGAUUCGUCUGAUGUGAAAGAAUCCGGAACUUCACAGUCACUAGUUACAUCAGGUGCUAUGGAGCGCCUUGGAAGUAGUUUCUUAGAGCCUUCUCUAACUACAAGAGACGCCCUAGAUAAAUACCAAAUUGUCGCACAGAAGUUGGAAGCUAUGGUCAGCACUGAUUCCAGGGAUGUAGAAAUCCAGGGUGUCAUCUCUGAGGUUCCUGAGAUCAUACUUAGAUGUGUUAGUCGAGAUGAGGCAGCUUUAGCUGUGGCUCAAAAGGUAUUCAAGGGUUUAUAUGAUAAUGCAUCAAACAACAUCCAUGUCUCUGCUCAUCUUGCAAUCCUGACUGCCAUUCGGGAUGUUUGCAAACUUGCUGUGAAGGAGCUUACUAGUUGGGUAAUUUACUCAGAAGAAGAAAGGAAAUAUAACAAAGAAAUUACUAUUGGGCUCAUUCGUAGUGAAUUGCUAAAUCUUACCGAGUACAAUGUUCAUAUGGCAAAACUUAUUGAUGGAGGAAGGAACAAGGCUGCAAAGGAAUUUUCCAUUUCCCUUCUUCAAACCCUGGUUAUCGAGGAACCUAAAGUUAUUUCAGAACUUCACAAUCUUGUUGAUGCUUUGGCUAAGCUUGCUACAAAGCCUGGAUGCCCUGAGCCAUUACCACAGCUUCUUGAAAUGAUCAAGAAUCCUGGUGCUUUAUCAUCUAGCAAUGCUGGAAAGGAGGAUAAGGCAAGACAGUCAAGAGACAUUAAGGUUCCUGGUCUGCUACCUGCAAACAGGGAAGAGUUCAACAGCGUGGAUUCUAUUGAACCAGAUCCUGCUGGGUUCCGGGAGCAGGUUUCCAUUUUGUUCAAAGAAUGGUAUAGAAUAUGUGAGCUUCCUGGUGCCAAUGAUACAGCUUCUACCCACUUCAUCUUGCAAUUGCAUCAGAAUGGGCUGCUGAAGGGUGAUGAUCUUACAGACCGCUUUUUCCGGCUGUUAUUGGAGCUUGCUGUUGCGCAUUGCUUAUCCACUGAGAUGAUUAAUUCAGGGUCACUACAAUCCCAACAGCUGCAGACAAUGUCAUUUCUUGCAAUUGAUAUUUACGCAAAGCUUGUCUUCUCAAUCUUGAAGGGAUCAAACAAACCCUUUCUUUUAUCCAAGAUUCUGGCAGUUGCUGUCAGAUUCAUUAUAAAAGAUGCAGAGGAGAAGAAGGCAUCUUUUAAUCCAAGACCACUUUUCAGAUUAUUCAUCAACUGGCUUCUAGAUCUUGGUUCACUUGAGCCUGUUACUGACGGUGCAAAUCUCCAGAUUUUGACUGCUUUUGCCAAUGCAUUUCAUGCAUUGCAGCCCCUCAAAGUUCCUGCGUUCAGUUUUGCAUGGCUUGAGCUGAUAAGUCACAGGAGCUUCAUGCCUAAAAUGUUAACUGGUAAUGGUCAAAAAGGUUGGCCUUAUAUCCAAAGGUUGCUUGUAGACCUGUUCCAAUUUAUGGAGCCUUUUCUGAGGCAUGCUGAACUUGGAGACCCGGUCCGUGUCCUCUACAAAGGGACACUAAGGGUGCUCUUAGUGCUACUUCAUGACUUCCCCGAGUUUCUAUGUGACUAUCACUUUACCUUUUGUGAUGUUAUUCCUCCAAGCUGCAUUCAGAUGAGGAAUAUCAUUCUAAGUGCAUUUCCACGGAGUAUGAGGCUGCCUGAUCCAUCUACUCCUAAUUUGAAGAUUGAUUUACUUCAGGAAAUUACCCAAUCACCCCGCAUUCUUUCAGAGGUUGAUGCUGCACUUAAAGCAAAGCAGAUGAAGGCUGAUGUAGAUGAAUACCUUAAGACAAGGCAACAGAGUUCUCCAUUUUUGUCUGAACUGAAGGACAAGAUGCUUCUCGCACCCAAUGAAGCUGCCUCUGCUGGGACUCGAUACAAUGUGCCGUUAAUCAACUCACUUGUGCUAUAUGUUGGAAUGCAGGCAAUCCAUCAGCUUCAGGGUCGGACUCCCCAUACACAAUCUUCAGCAAAUGCUUUCCCCUUGGCCGUAUUUUCUGUUGGUGCUGCAUUGGAUAUUUUCCAGACACUCAUUGUGGACUUGGACACUGAAGGCCGCUACCUUUUCCUAAAUGCCAUUGCCAACCAACUGCGUUACCCUAAUACCAACACACACUACUUUUCCUUUAUCCUUCUUUACUUGUUUGCGGAAUCAAACCAGGAAGUUAUCCAAGAACAAAUCACCAGAGUCUUGUUGGAACGCCUAAUUGUUAACCGUCCUCAUCCCUGGGGCCUCCUCAUUACCUUUAUUGAACUCAUCAAGAAUCCUAGGUAUAACUUCUGGAACCGGAGUUUCAUCAGAUGUGCGCCGGAGAUUGAAAAACUUUUUGAAUCUGUUUCAAGGUCUUGUGGAGGUCCAAAACCAGUGGAUGAUAACAUGGUGUCCGGUUGGGUCUGAAUGUCUUUGAAUACUUGCUAGUUUGUGUAGGUUAGAGAGUAGUUAACCCUAACCAUGUUAGUUAGGAUAAUUUCCUCAGUUGUAAUCUAACACUCUGUUUCUACAUUGUAUAUCUUGUAUUAGUGAAAAAUUGUUUCUCCUGGAAUA